AUGAAAGUGCACGGAGACUGUCCCACGCAGGUGUUGGACAAAUGGCUCACGACAGAAGCACUCGUGCGCCAUCAUCAACUCCUUGAGAAGCUCAAAAUUACCAGCGCAGAGUCUGGGAGAGCAGGGCGCGCCUUCAGCGUGGUGGACGCAGUUGACAUCCAGCCAGCCAAGCCAAGACAAACACCAGCUGGUAGUCUGCCUCUAUGCAUGAGUGCUGUGGAUGUGGAACGAAGAAGUCCCCAGAGCUGGCUACCAAGUAAGACCAGAACAGUGGAAGUGGAAGCUGGUCGAAGUGACGGACUGCCAUCCACAGUGACACAUGCACAGUCCAUUGUCAUUGAUGGUCCAGUGAGCAGCGACAGUCAAGUACAUGCAGGUAUGUCUGGUGAUAGUGCAGUGAAUCCUGUGUUGCAGAGUAACAGUUUUGCCCCAGUAGCUGUGGCUAAUACUAGUAACGACGCACAACACAGACCAGGAGAGACGGUCACUGUGCAGUCCAGCUUUGCACCUUUCACCACAACUAGUCUGAAGCCACAACUGCCCCAAGGCCCACAGUAUCAGACACCAGCUAACCAGAAAUAUCACCCUGCUGUGACAUCUCAAGUGCAGCCAAGUAGCUACACAGUCCAGCAGAAAGUGCCUAGCCAGCUUGGACAGGCCAGAGUAGUGAGUGCAAGAGGUCAAUCAGCCAGACCCACAGCCAGCAGCCAGAAUCCCGCAACUACUUUCUACUCACCGUAUGUACAGCAGCAAAGUGCACCAGCAGCUGCGCAGAGUCAGUUGGCUACGCAGUAUAGUCAGCCAGAUGGACAACGUCCAUAUACAUCACCAGCUGCGAAUCCUGCAACUUUCUACACGCCAUAUUAUGUACAGCAAAGUGCACCAGCAGCUGCACAGAGUCAGUUGGCUACACAGUAUAGUCAGCCAGAUGGACAACGUCCAUAUACAUCACCAGCUGCUUACCCUCAUGCCGGGACAUACAGAUCCCAUUUGAAGCCGUUGAAGCUACCGCAGUUUGACGGAGCGCCAGUGAACUAUGUCCCUUGGAGACAGAAAUUCAUGAGUUUGGUGGGAACAGACCCCCACACAACUGAGCACUACAAGAUGGCGAGACUGAGAGAGUCACUCGCCGGAGGGAGUGCCGAGGAACUCGUCCAGGACAUUAUGGACGGAACAGGCGCCUUUCAAGCAGCAUUGGUGGAAAUAGAAGCCUGGUAUGGCGGUGAGGAGCGACAACUUGAGCGUCACGAGAAAGACAUCCUGACGUGGCCCAAGAUUGACAACGCUAAAGCCACCGACAAGCUAAAGAAGUUUGCUCUAAAGCUGCGGAGUACCCUGGUCAACAUGAAGUCGUGUGGCAUUGCUCCCGGCCGUGAGCUGUAUCUAGCAGCAACCCAGAAAAUACCACCGACCCUCCUGCUGAGGUAUUUUGAGCUGCACGAGGACCGGAACUGCGAUGUUUGCAACUUUGCAGACUGGCUACUGAAUCUGGUUCAUAUGCUGAGGAAGGUAGAGGAGAGGCAGGCAGAGACCCACAAGACACCCACAUCAACGGCAGUGCUGCAAAAGUCACAGAGCCGACAUGAUCAUCGACCACAUAGAACGUUGGCAACUACAGCAGGAAAUGAGACGCCAAAGGCCAGAUGCAAGAAGUGCGGAGAGGGCCACGGCUUAGCUGACUGCUGGGCAUUUGCCACCUUGUCAACAGCAGACAGGUGGAAAUUCGUUAAGCCGUUGAAUGUGUGUACCUGCUACCUGCGCUUUGCUGGCCAUCGUUCUGCUGAGUGCAGGAGCAACCCAUGUGCUAAGUGCGGUGGAAAACACCAUGACAUGCUCCACAUUGUGAGACAACAGCAGAGCUACAGCAGGAAGACGGACAAAGAACCAGCCAGCAUGAAUCAAAGCAAUCGACUGGACAGUCCACAGCGAGGCGGUGGAUCACGUGAGAAGCCACAGCGUCCAUCCGACACAGCAGCGACGGCCACAGCAACCACCUGCACCGCUAACACCGGGGUCCAUGUUGCAUUCAUGACUGUGCCAGUCAAGCUGCAACACCAAGAUCGGACGUAUGAUGCAGUGGCACUGAUUGACUCGGCAUCAUCCACCAGCUAUAUCAGGGCUGACGUUGCUGAGAGCUUGGGUGUCAGCGGGCCAGAUGAGCAGCUCACCACCUCAGUCCUAGGCGGAACGACAGUAACAGUCCGCCGGCAGAGAGUCAACCUGACCAUCCACAGUCAUGAUGGUGACUACAGCACGGCGUUCCAAGCAUGGACCCUGCCCGACAUCACAGCUCCGCUACCGGCCGUUGACUGGCAUCAGAUGAGCCAACAAUUCCCCCACCUCCAGCAACUACCGCUACCACAGGUCGACUCGCGGCAGGUAGACAUCCUGAUUGGUAUCGAUGUCAUUGACGCACACCGAGUGCUGGAGGAGGCCACUGGGCGCGCGGGAGAGCCCAUUGCACGCCGUCUACCACUCAGCUGGGUUUGCUUUGGGCCGGUGGACAUGCCGACGGGUGCCACAUCCGAGUGCACGCUGCACGCAUCUGCAGUAUGUGAGCCAUUGCUCCAUACACUGGUCGCUAAGUUCUGGGAGGAUGACCAGGUGGGCAUGCAACCACAAUCUGACAAGACGAUGGCUGAGAUAGAAGCAGAGCACCUCGUGGCUGACAGGAUGAAAAUCACUGAUGGUCGUGUCACGACAGGCAUCCCUUGGAUUCGGCCAGACCACCAGCCACAACUGCCGCCAAACCGAGCCAUGGCAGAGAAGCGGCUGAUCAGCCUCGAGCGAUCUCUUCUCAAGAAGCCGGACAUCCAAGCAGAGUACGACAGAGUCUUCCAAUCAUACAUCGAAAAGGGAUAUGUGGUCCGCUGUGAGGAUAGUGCCGCCAGAGACGGUGACCGAUGGCUACUACCGCACUUUCCUGUCGUGUGCCACGACAAGGCGACCACGAAAGUGAGGGUUGUCUUCGAUGCAGCGGCUCGUCAGCGGGGUGUGUCUCUCAAUGAUGAGAUGUACACUGGUCCGAAACUGCAACAUGACCUGAUUCACGUCCUACUCAGGUUCUGCCGUGAACCGGUUACGAUCGUAGGAGACAUUGCAGAGAUGUUCCUUCAGGUCCAGCUACAACAGCAAGAUCGGCGGUACGUACGCUUCCUGUGGCGCAAGUCGACAGACGAGCAACCAUCCGUUUACGAGUUUACUCGGCUCGUGUUCGGACUGAAGGCAUCACCGUUCAUCGCCUGCCGAGCUCUGAGGGAGGUAGCCGCACAGCAUGGGGAACAGUACGACUCAGCAGCCCGAGCAGCCGUCGAGGAAUCGUUCUACGUUGACGAUUUCCUGAACUCACAACCAUCAGUACCAGCCGGCAUCUCAGUACGGCAGGGGGUGCAGGACCUGCUCCACAUGGGCUCGUUUCACCUGCGGAAAUGGGACAGUAACAGCCGUGACGUGCUCCGUUCUAUCCCGGAGGCCGACCGAGCAGCCGACGCACUGGUGAGCAACGAUGAUUGCAGCGACGCCGCAUCAGCUGCAGUCGUGAAGACACUUGGUGUCGUGUGGGACGCAGCGUCUGACACGUUCAGCUAUCGCUACAACACACCGGACGACCAGCGGCUGACGAAACGAAGCGUCCUAUCCAAGAUGGCCAGCAUCUAUGACCCAAGAGGGCAUAUUUCGCCGUUUACGAUAAGGGCUCGACUGCUGUUCCAGGAGGCAUGCAUUCUCGGCUGUUCCUGGGAUGACCGUCUUCCAUCAGAGCUGGAGACCAAGUGGCAGAGGUGGUUUGCAGAACUACCAGAUCUAGCUGGGAUCAAAGUGCCACGAUGCUUCAAAAGCAUGGAGCGCCAGGCUGACACCGCGAAGCUCACAGUACAUACCUUCACCGAUGCCUCGGCGCACGCCACUUCAGCUGUCAGUUAUGUCCGCGCGGCGUAUCCGGAUGGUUUUGUGAAGGUCAGCCUUGCAUUCGCCAAAGGCGCGGGCAACCCCAAUCAAGAAAGUCACCAUCCCUAA